UUGGUGUCGGUGCGCCUUUGAAAAAUCUCCUAUUAUAUAACAACCCAUAUGGGAGGCAACUUCUCAGGCCAUCAAACCACAGAAGCUUGGUAAAGCUUCUUCUCUUCUAGUGUUUUUUAGUUUGACAUUCUUUUUUGUCUGCCAUUGUGAGGGAGCUUAACCAAGGAACGGUUCCCAAUGCGGAUCCUCCCGGCACUUUUGUGCUUGUUUUUUGCUGCAAGCUUCUGCUAUGCUGAUAAUACAGUUGAGGUAGUUGGGAUUGCAGAAUGUGCAGAUUGUGCACAGAAUAACAUCAAGGCUAGCCAGGCAUUAUCAGGGCUCCAUGUGACAAUUGACUGCAAGGCAGAAAAUGCAGAAAACUAUGAGAGAAGAGGAGUUGGGCAGCUGAGUGAAGAAGGAAAGUUCACUGUGUCACUUCCUCAAGAACUGCUUAAAGAUGGAAAGUUGAAGGAAGAAUGCUAUGCACAACUUCACAGUGCAUCAGCAGCACCGUGCGCCGCCCACGAUGGUCUGGAGUCCACAAAGAUUGUAUUCAAGUCCAAGACCAAUGACAAACACACCUUUGGGGUUGCAGGGAAACUCAAAAUCUCACCAAUGACUUGUACUUCUGCCUUCUUAUGGCCUCAUUUCAAGUACCCACCAUUGCACAAGUUCCCCAAGUUUAAACAUCCAAUAUUUAAAGGUUUUGGCCAUCACUACUCUUUCCCUCCAUUACCUCCUAAGGUCUACCCUCCUAUCUACCAUAAGCCUCUUCCACCACCAAUUCCAAUUUACAAACCAAAACCUCAUCCCGUUCCAAUCCCCAUCUACAAGCCAAAACCUCAUCCAGUCCCAAUUCCAAUUUACAAGCCAAAACCUCAUCCGGUACCAGUCCCCAUCUAUAAGCCAAAACCUCAUCCAGUACCAGUCCCCAUCUAUAAACCAAAACCUCACCCAGUUCCAGUUCCCAUCUACAAGCCAAAACCUCAUCCAGUUCCAGUCCCCAUCUAUAAACCAAAACCUCACCCAGUUCCAGUCCCCAUCUACAAGCCAAAACCACCAAUCUACAAGCCUCCUGUAGUGCUCCCACCACCAGUCCCCAUCUACAAGCCAAAACCACCAAUCUACAAGCCUCCUGUAGUGCUCCCACCACCAGUUCCCAUCUAUAAGCCAAAACCACCCAUCUAUAAGCCUCCCGUGGUGCUCCCACCACCAGUCCCCGUCUACAAGCCUCCAGUAGUGCUUCCACCACCGGUUCCAAUUUACAAGCCAAAACCACCGAUCUAUCACAAGCCUCUUCCACCAUUUCCAACGAUUCCUCCUUACAAAAAGAAGCCAUGCCCCCCACUACCAAAGCUUCCUCCUUUCCCCAAAAUUCCUCCAAAGCCCUACUUCCAUCACCCUCACCCCAAGAUUGGUAAAUUCUUGCCUCCCCUGCCACCAUAUUCUCCUAUUCACUAAGAUGUAAUGGAUGCAUAUUUGUUUCUAAGCUAUAUGGGUGCAUUUUAAGCGUGAAUUAUUUUCUUGCUGUAAUAAAAACUAAGUGUUAAGUAGGGAUGCGAAAGGGUGUGAAAGAUUGUUAACUUUAUAAAUUAUUCUUGUCAACUUAUGGUUUCAUAUUUUAAUGAUGGGCAUUAAAUACAUAUCUACCUUCUACAA